GAGGAAAUCGUAAUUUUAACAAUAACUGAAACGACGUCUAAGGCUCGUCGGACAUGUAAAAUAUUACAAAGUCGACGAUAAAAAGUUACGUGACCACAAGUAGACAACAACUUGAGUAACACACGUCGCGUUGCACAGUGCUACACAGCAGACCUACAACAUCCGGGCUAGUCGGCUCACGCAGGAACGGAAUGGCGGCGGAGGCGGACCAUGGGCCUAUGGACCUGGCCACCGAGAUUUCAUCCCAUUUGAGAUCGUGAGAUACGGCCAUGAAGACGCUGGGCAGGAGAAGUCGUCUUUUUUGGAGUUGAAGGAGAGACUCUCCUCUUCCCCAGAAGAUGGCAACCCAGUCCCAGACUGCCAGCGAGCUACCCUUGGAGGAGCUGCUGGCUCUGUAUGGCUACACAGUGACUGACCCGGCCAAGCAGAGCUGUCAUGCCUCUGCCGCUCUGCCAGACAUGACUCUGGCCAAGAGUCAGAUCACCGAGGACAUAUUUGCUGCAGCGGGGAGAGUGGAGUCAUCAGCGAAUGAUCUCACGCCCUCGGUCACUUCCAGCACUUCAGAUUUGCUCCAACAGCUGCCUCCUGGAAAGAAAGACACAUCCGUCUGCUCAUCCGACGAUAUCUCCCUUCCCGCCAAUGAAGAACACAAGGAGAUCAUGGUUGGUUCCACGUACCAGGCAAAAAUCCCACCCCUCAGUCCUUAUAGCUACCAGGAACUAGGUAGGAACCACUUACAUAUGCCGUGCUCGCAAAUCUUUCUUUCUACAUCUCCGGCGUCCCUGUGUCCAGCGUACAACGGUGAAGACCAGUUGUUGUGGAGACCAGGUACUCUGCCGCUGCUGGAAGUGGAGCAUUUCUUGUUGAAUGUACAGGGCCCAAGUGGCCAAGAAGGGGCGGUCUGCAAGCAAACAUGUGCCGACAACGUACGAGACAACGAGCAGGCGCUGUAUGAGCUUCUGAAAUGCAACUUCAAUGCGGAGGAGGCACUGCGUCGACUACACUUUAAUGUGAAAGUGUUCACUGAAGAGCUGUGUGGCUGGAAUGAAGAGGAGUGUCGGAAUUUUGAGCUCGGCUACAAAGUUUAUGGGAAAAACUUCCACCUCAUUCAGGCUAAUAAGGUAAGGACCCGCUCUGUGGGGGAGUGUGUGGAGUACUACUACAUGUGGAAGAAGUCCGAGAGGCACGAGUACUUCACUCAACAAGCCACCAGGAUCACUCGCAAGAAGUACACCUUGCAGUCAGGGAACACGGAAGAGGGAGACCAAGACGGGUAUGCUGGCGAGAGGGAGGGAAACAAUAAUUCCCCUGCUUUGCUGUCUCGCAGUAGUCCCGCCGGCUCCGGAAAGCUGGCGUCUCCUUUACCUCGGCAGUCGAGCCUGCAACUGGACAAACAAGAGGAGGAAGGCCGCCCUCGGCGCAGACGGACCCCGCGCUUUCUCUUAAAGCCGUGACCUCAGUGCGGCCUGGCCUACAGAAAGCAGGCUGCAGCCUGCAGUUGGAGAACUGCAGACAUGCGGUGACAGCUCUCCUCAGAACCUGUUUACUCUGCCUGCCUCGUCGGAUCAGGGGGAGCGCUUCUCGGGCUGCGGCGCAGGUCCGGUCCAGCUUCAAGACUAUCAGCACCCAUCGGGCGUCUUCCAGUUCCACAUGCACGACAGUCCUUUUCUCCCCGAGGUCCGUGGCGCAGCAGGUGAUAUGACUGACUCCCCCGUCGCCUGCAGGUGGGACUUGACCUGCUGCAUGCCUCCUCUUCCCCACAUCAUGGCCUCCUCUUCUGCUUCUCCGCAUUUAACGCCCUCCGCUCUCUUCAGUGAAAGCAGUUGGGAACAUCCUAUUUGAAUAGCGAUGCAUUCUUAGACUGAUGAAAGCAAGCAGAACAAACGAAGACAAAAAAAAGACAUUUCCAGAAUACUCUCACGGCUCCUUUGAAGCCGGAAGAGUGACACACGCCCAGCACUGCUUGUUGCUGCUCUAUGUCCAUUCACACAAAGAUCACUUUAUUUCAACACGAACGUCCUCUCGCCGCUCCGUCAUCCACUCUCCAUUUGUCUUUUCUGUUCUUACAUAGAUAACAGAUACAUCUGUAGAUUCUUUUGAGAUUAUCAUCAGGUCGUGGUCCAGAACAAGGUGUUUUUUUUCCCCCACACCACUGAGUCAUACAUUAAUUCUGGGUGCUUGGUCAUUCCCGCUGAGUAUGUUGAGAAAGUGUCGGGAAAAGUCACAAAGGAGUGGGUGUGAUUGGAACAUUUUGUUUUCUUCUAAACAAAAACAUUCAUUUAUUGUUGUAUCAUCAAUUUACAGGCACACUUUAUUGUGGAUUGGAAAAUUAUGAAUUUGAUUACCGUAGUAUUUAACUUAAUAAACGGUUCUUGCCCAGAGAAUAUACCGCGGUAUAAACUACACAGAUCCAGAUUAUGCUCUCCCAGACAAUAAUCAGGGUUAAACCAUACAAGGCCAGGUUAUUGGUAUGAUGGAUGUUAUGAAUUUGACUGGCCCAGUUUAUGACCCGAGUUAAAAGAGAUGAUCUCAAUAUAUAACUCAGGGUAGAAAUGUUGCUGGCCCAGACUAUACCCAGGAUAGCAUUUUCCCAGGGUGAACAAGACUGUCUCAGAACAUACCCAUGGAUAAACUCAGACUAUCUCAUUCAUUCUCUGACACAAUAUCAAGUGUUAAAUUGCACUACCCUACUUUGUAGUUACGUUAAAUUUGGCUAGCCAAAUUUAUGGCUUGGACUGAACUAGAUUGGCUCAAUUUAUUACCCAGGAUAUAAAUAUAACUAGCCCAGACUACCGCCGGGGUUGAACUGAUCUGUCCCAGAACCUACACUAGGGAUUCAUCUAGUUCAGAAUAUAUCCCAAGGUGUAAAUUGGACCGGUCGAGAUUGUAUCCAUGGUUAAAAUUGACUGUGCAAGUAAAAGCCCUGAGUUGAACUGGAUUGUCACAGAAUAUAACCCAAGGUAUGAACAAAAGUAUCCCAGACUAUACGCAGGGUUUAAACAGAUUAUAGUGAUGUUACGAAUUUGGCUGGCAUCAUCAAUGAUAGAUUGAGGACAUUCAUUGUGGCUACCACACAUCUGGGAUUUUUGUUCCCUCCACUUUUGGUCAUUUGAUGAUUUGGUAUUAUGCUUUGCAAGAACAACUGACACUGAUUUUAGUGAUUUGUUCCUGUUUUAUCUGACCCCCACGUUCAUGUUUUAUUUUACUUUGUUGGUUGUUAGCAUGACCAAAUGUCAUCUUCUGUCUGUUUUUCUUCUAUUUAUUUGUUUUUCUACAUGUGCAUGUGUGAGCUCAUUCCUGUGACAGCAGCGAAACGAGCCAGAUAGAUGGUUGCAUUUACACAAAGGAGCUAACAGCCCAAUGUGAGCAAAACUGUUUCUUUUAAUUUCACCUGUUGUUUUGCAAUGUAUGUGUUGUACUGCUCGGGGUGUUUGUUAAUAAUUAUUAUAUUUUGUAAAAAAAAUAAAGACAAUAAUGA